GUUUUUCCGGGAGAGACCACGCUUUCCCUCAUGCUCUCCAACGGCUCCGCCUUCCCGCCGGUGCCUGACCCUUCCCAGCGUGCCCGGCGAUUCCGGCGUGCGAGGCCCUUGGAGGGCAAGGCCCCAGGGCCUGGCUUAGGAGCGCGAGAGGCUGUCUGGGAAUUGUAGUUCACGAAUCCACGAGGGCAGCCAGAAGCUGGCGGUGAAAAAGACUCGUUGUCCCAGCGUGCUCUGCGCCCCAGCCCGCGCGCUCUCAGCUUCUCGCUCUCGGCUGCCCGCCCGCUCCUUUGCUUGCUCGCGCUUUCGUUCGCGCUCUGCUCGCGGGUCGAGGAGUGUCUGCCUACAAGCUGUGGCUGGGAAGGGAGGCAGAGGCGGCGGCUCAGGGGAAAAGAGGCUGCGGUGGUGGUGGUGGGAAGAUGUCGGGCGAGGACGAGCAGCAGGAGCAAACUAUUGCCGAGGACCUGGUCGUGACCAAGUAUAAGAUGGGGGGCGACAUCGCCAACCGUGUCCUUCGGUCUUUGGUGGAAGCUUCUAGCUCAGGUGUGUCGGUACUGAGCCUGUGUGAAAAAGGUGAUGCCAUGAUUAUGGAAGAGACAGGGAAAAUCUUCAAGAAAGAAAAAGAAAUGAAGAAAGGUAUUGCCUUUCCCACCAGCAUUUCAGUAAAUAACUGUGUAUGUCACUUCUCCCCUUUGAAGAGUGACCAGGACUAUAUUCUCAAGGAAGGCGAUUUGGUAAAAAUUGACCUUGGGGUCCAUGUGGAUGGCUUCAUUGCUAAUGUGGCUCACACUUUUGUGGUUGAUGUAGCUGAGGGCAUCCCAGUAACAGGGCGGAAAGCAGAUGUCAUUAAAGCAGCUCACCUUUGUGCUGAGGCUGCCCUACGCCUGGUCAAACCUGGAAACCAGAACACACAAGUGACAGAAGCCUGGAACAAAGUUGCCCACUCAUUUAACUGCACGCCAAUAGAAGGUAUGCUGUCACAUCAGUUGAAGCAGCAUGUCAUCGAUGGAGAGAAAACCAUUAUCCAGAAUCCCACAGACCAGCAGAAGAAGGACCAUGAAAAAGCUGAAUUUGAAGUACAUGAAGUAUAUGCUGUGGAUGUUCUUGUCAGCUCAGGAGAAGGCAAGGCCAAAGAUGCGGGGCAGAGAACCACCAUUUAUAAACGAGACCCCUCUAAACAAUAUGGCCUGAAAAUGAAAACUUCACGUGCCUUCUUCAGUGAGGUGGAGAGACGUUUUGACGCCAUGCCAUUUACUUUAAGAGCAUUUGAAGAUGAGAAGAAGGCCCGGAUGGGUGUGGUAGAGUGUGCCAAACAUGAACUGCUACAACCAUUUAAUGUUCUCUAUGAGAAGGAAGGUGAAUUUGUUGCCCAGUUUAAAUUUACAGUUCUACUCAUGCCCAAUGGCCCCAUGAGGAUAACCAGUGGUCCCUUUGAGCCUGACCUCUACAAGUCUGAGAUGGAGGUCCAGGAUGUAGAGCUGAAGGCCCUCCUCCAGAGUUCUGCAAGCCGGAAAACUCAGAAAAAGAAAAAAAAGAAGGCCUCCAAGACUGCAGAGAACGCAACCAGUGGGGAAACAUUAGAAGAGAAUGAAGCUGGGGACUGAGGUGGGUCCCAUCUCCCCAGCUUGCUGCUCCUGCCUCAUCCCCUUCCCACCAUACCCCAAGCUCUGUGAAGUGCAGUUCGUCUUCUCCAUCCAGGACCACCAGCAGAGCGGGGUCUCCCUGCCCCUAUCCCAGUCCCCCAACCCACCCCUUUCCAACAACAACCAGCUCUAACUGACUCUGGUCUUGGGAGGUCAGGCUUCCCAGCCACUGAAGACUACUUUAAAUAGAAAAAGAGAAAUUGAAUAAUAAAAUCAGGAGUUAAAAUCCAUCAUCUUCAAGCCCCUCUUUCUAGUCUUUUUCUACUAUGUUUGGUCAGUGUUGGUGGCCCUACAACAGAACAGGGAGGAGGCUAAAUUAGCCACCACCACUAAAAACUGAGCUGAAAUUUUUUUAUGCCACUCAAAUGACAGCAUAUUGUCAUCCAUUUGGGGCUUUUUCUCUCUUUCCUCACUUCCCUAAAGUAUUUUAUCUGGCCUCAACAUAGAGGAAAACAUUGUUUUUAUUCACAUGGCAGUUUCCUCUUAAUUGUCCAGGCUGUCUGGUCAGGCCUCUCCCAUUUUAAGGAGCUGGAACCUGCGUUUACCAAGGGAUUAUCUGUCAAACGGAUCCUCACUUGUAAAUUUUGAGUCAUUUUUGUUUUGCAAGAUUUUUUUCUUUUCCUUUUCACAAAGCUAUAAAGAAGUAAUCCAUCUCAACCAUGUCCUUUUCUUUGGAGCCAGCAAGAUCUUUCCUUCCUCCAUCUUAGGCAAACUUGAGCUGGAAACUCAACUGUGGUUUUAUUCCCUGUAUGAGAUAUUUUGACCUCCCCCUUUUGAAAGAAAGACCAGGAACCAGAGUUACAGACUGACUGAAGAGACAACUCCUGGCUCUUUCUGAAGUUGUGGACCUGGAUUGGAUGAAUUGGUGGGGGUUUGGAGAGAAAGGUGAUGAAUUUCAGUACCUCUGGCAUGCUGUCCCAGAAAACUAGGGCUCCCACUAACUUAUGAGGUUUUUAAACACAUUAAAAAUAAGAUGGUGUUAAAAUAAAUUUGGAUUUGGUCAUACUGA